AUGCACCAGGCCCUGCUCACAUGCACCAGGUCCUGCUCACAUGCACCAGGUCCUGCUCACAUGCACCAGGCCCUGCUCACAUGCACCAGGUCCUGCUCACAUGCACCAGGCCCUGCUCACAUGCACCAGGUCCUGCUCACAUGCACCAGGUCCUGCUCACAUGACCAGGUCCUGCUCACAUGCACCAGGUCCUGCUCACAUGCACCAGGUCCUGCUCACAUGCACCAGGCCCUGCUCACAUGCACCAGGUCCUGCUCACAUGCACCAGGUCCUGCUCACAUGCACCAGGUCCUGCUCACAUGCACCAGGUCCUGCUCACAUGCACCAGGUCCUGCUCACAUGCACCAGGUCCUGCUCACAUGCACCAGGCCCUGCUCACAUGCACCAGGCCCUGCUCACAUGCACCAGGUCCUGCUCACAUGCACCAGGUCCUGCUCACAUGACCAGGUCCUGCUUACAUGCACCAGGCCCUGCUCACAUGCACCAGGCCCUGCUCACAUGCACCAGGCCCUGCUCACCUGCACCAGGUCCUGCUCACAUGCACCAGGUCCUGCUCACAUGACCAGGUCCUGCUCACAUGCACCAGGUCCUGCUCACAUGCACCAGGUCCUGCUCACAUGCACCAGGCCCUGCUCACAUGCACCAGGUCCUGCUCACAUGCACCAGGUCCUGCUCACAUGCACCAGGUCCUGCUCACAUGACCAGGUCCUGCUCACAUGCACCAGGUCCUGCUCACAUGCACCAGGUCCUGCUCACAUGCACCAGGUCCUGCUCACAUGCACCAGGUCCUGCUCACAUGCACCAGGUCCUGCUCACAUGCACCAGGUCCUGCUCACAUGCACCAGGUCCUGCUCACAUGCACCAGGUCCUGCUCACAUGCACCAGGUCCUGCUCACAUGCACCAGGUCCUGCUCACAUGCACCAGGCCCUGCUCACAUGCACCAGGCCCUGCUCACAUGCACCAGGUCCUGCUCACCGGAUGACCUAUUCCGCCCCCCUUUCACAUAA